AUGGAAUACAUAAAUGCCCAUUUUGUGGCACUAGACGACUUGCAAAAUGUCGACGACCACAUCCUGCAGCUCAAUGACCGUCUUCUGAAAAUCAGCAGUGCGGUGGACGAUAAAAAGACCGGAUCUUCCAAAAGCAUACCUGAGUCUACCAGCAGGCUUUUGGCUCAGCUAGAAAACAUAGGUCCUGACCAAUUGAAGUCGCUUUUACUGGAACAUGGAACACAAGACGUGAAGAGCAGGUACGAUGGCUUGCUUGGAGAGAAAGCACAGAUUGAAACACAGAGAGAAGCAUUGGCUCUUGGGGCUGAGAUAGAGGACAUUCUUGAUAGAGGAGACUCCUUGGGGUUGGACGAUUUGAAGGAUUGUGCUAGAAGAGCUGAAGAAAUCGACCAGUUUGAUAUCAGGGAGCUCCUAGACGCCAAGCUCAUGGAAGUGAUCAACCAUAGGAAACAGCAGCUCUUGCCUAAGCUAGAUGCUCUUCUUAAGGAUAUCAAGUGGCUCUCGCCUAAGGAACAGGUUUCAGUUCCUGCCUCUACGAUGAAAGAAAUCACCACCACAAUUGGUCAAUUGGUGGACCUCCAGGCCAUUUCUGCCGUUCCUCACUACCCUAACGUUUGGUGGGCCUUGGAGAGCCUAGUGAAACCAUUUGUGGUUCGUUUCAACUACCACUUUUCGCAAGCCUCCGAAACGAACAGAAUGUCUCGUCCUGAGUGGGCCCUUAAUUACGUUGAGAAGUUCUUUGAGGACUACCUUUCCUCCAUUGAGUUGGUCCUAGGCGACGUUUUCGUGAAACACGGCCGUGUUGGCGUGUUCGAGGUCAUAACAGCAGCUCUCGUGCCUGUUAGGGAAAAAAUCACUGGCAUGACGCAGUUGCUCAAUUCACAUAUCGAGAAAGCUAACGAGGAGGACAAUCUGUCCGACUUGGAGAAAUACGGCCGGGUUCUCUCGCAUUUGAUCUUCGAAAUGGCUUCUUUCGACCAACGUCUCCGCAUAAAUUACAAGUACAAUCCACAUGUCGAGUGCUUUGAAAAAGCUCCAGAGAGAAAAUGGUUGGGUCUUACAGGCGACAACUUCAUGGGCUCGUCCCUGAAAGAUAGCCCUGUAGUGACCAACUGGCUCAACUUGGAACUCCAGCUUGCGAAAAAGCGAUUUGAUUCUGAUAUUAUCGGCGCCGUCGACGCCUUCAGCAUUGACUACGAAUACGACGCCUCGUCUGCCAAUGCCCACAACGUGCUCAAACCGAGCUACUCUGCAUUUGCGUUGGUGAAGCUUUUUGACAACUUGACUACCCAUUUUAAGACACUCAGUAUUGUGAAGUACCAGCUCAAGUACGUGUCGAACAUCCAGCUUACGUUCCUUGACGAGUACCUCAAAGCAUUAGAAAACACAUUCAAAGUGUUCAACGAGUCUCUCAGUUCCAAGCUCAUAGCAAACUUCCUCCCCGGCUCUGCUAAACAGGAAGCCACUACAACAACACCUGUGGUUGUGAACAACGGCCUCAAGGGGUUGGAAAUGCUCACUGGUAUUUACUGUUCAUUGAAGUUCAUCAUUCAGCAUAUGGAGGAAUGGAGUGGAGAGCUCUUGUUUAUUCAGCUUUGGAACUUCUAUAAGUCCAUUGCAACCAGCACUGUCACUGACGAAUCCAUCUUUACUUCCUCGCUCGACGAGUAUCAGGCUAUGCUCAAGAGGGUAUUUUCCAGAUACGAGGAAUUUUUCAGAAAGGAGAUCCGUGCUGCACUCAAGCAAUUUGUGAACUCGGGUGUGUGGGUUAUUGACGAUGAAAGCCAUAAGAACCAGCCUUCCACACUGCUUUCCAACUUCAUCACCAUCGUUCCAGCAUACAUGUCAUUCCUCAGGCGCUCACUUCCUGACGCAGACUACUUCUUCGUCACCAGCAAAGUUUGUGACUCUUUCUCGCGUAUUUUCCAAGAGUACGUGGUUACAAAUAACCAGUUCAAUGCCAAUGGUGUGGAGCAGCUCAAGACCGACUUUGACUGUCUCUUGGGUCAUUUGGCUGGUCCGCUCAUGCUCAACGAAGACCACGCCCUUUUCACAAAUUCGAAAAACAGAAACUACAAAAAGGUGCUACAAUCGCUCGAUAUGUUAAGCACUCUCGAUGUUUCAACGGCUAAGCUGCUCCGUAGUAACGCUGUGGAGGCAUCUGAGGUGAGGCUGCGGUUCCUGGACAACCUCGACUGUUUGAGCGACAGAGAGGUCAACGAUUUGCUUUUCAGAAUUCAUCUAUCGCAGGAGGACACUCUCCUCAAAAAACCCGUCCACAAGUAUGAGAGUAUCGCCAAACUCUACAGCAUCAUAGAUCGAUCUCCCCAUAUCAUGGUUCCUAGGAAACCAGCAGGCGUGGUUGUUGGUCGAAGCAGUGCCUGUGAUAUCCGUCUAGGUGGCGCUGACGUUUCCUCCAAACAUUGCCAGUUUUCGUUAUCUAGUAACAACAAGAAGGAGUAUCUUCUACUCACGGACAUGAGUUCAAACGGGACUUCAGUGAACAACGAGGUCUUAGGAAAAGGCUCUACGGCGCUUUUGAGAAGUGGCGACAAGAUCACAUUUGCCAAAAGCGGCUCAUACAUCUUCAGGUACCUCAGUGACGAGCAGGAGAACCUGGUUCAAAAGUCCUUUUUUGACGACUACAUUCUUUUAAACCAGCUUGGAAGCGGACACUAUGCUGUUGUUAAGGAGGCUAGAGACAGAACAUCCGGUGACAUCGUUGCCGUGAAGAUCUUUCAUCCCAGCAAGACCUCAGGACCAGGCAGUUCCGAAGAGGACGCUAAGCUCAAGCAAGAAAUGGCCCUUCUUUUAUCCAUCAACCAUCCGAAUAUCGUCAGGUUUAUCUCGCAUUACGUGGAGCCAAUCAAUGCCUUUUCCUCAACGACGUACUUGGUGCUUGAAAAGGUCAACAACGGCGAGCUCUUCCAGCGCAUUAUAGACAAGCAGAAGCUUCGACAGGACGAGACAAAGGCGAUCUUCAAGCAGCUUCUCUCUGGUUUGCACUACCUCCACGAAAGGAACAUCAUUCACCGUGAUAUCAAACCAGAGAAUAUCCUUCUAGACAUCACUCCCAAAGAUUCAAAUAGACAAGUGGCUACUGGCCCAUGGGACGAGACCGAGUACGACGUACGCGUCAAGAUUGCCGACUUUGGAUUGGCCAAGUUCAUCGGCGAGCUAAAGUUCACCAAUACACUUUGCGGUACUCCCGCUUACGUUGCACCAGAAGUUUUGAAUAACAAUCGAAACUAUUCGACGAAAGUUGAUAUCUGGCUGGCGGGCGUUUUGCUCUACGUUUGUCUCUGUGGAUUCCCACCUUUCAGUGACGAGCUUGGGCCACCUAAUAUGAGGGACCAAAUUAUCGAAGGAAAGUACGCCUUCUACUCUCCUUUCUGGGACGAUAUUAGUGACAGUGCAUUGGACUUGAUCAGCAGUCUACUUGUGGUAGAUCCAUCAGAACGUUUUGAUAUUCUACAAACGUACCCAUGA